AUGGACGAGAUGGCUGUUGAGCGGAGGACAUCGAAUCCAGACUAUGACGAGUCCAUGUCUGAUGCGGACUCCGCAUUUGGAGAGCCGCAACCUUCGUUGAUCUCUUUGAGGUCCAGCAUAUUCAAUUACCAAUUCGAAAAUGGUCGCAGGUACCAUUCAAUGAGUGAAGGCAGUGAGUAUCUUCCUUUCACUUACCUUCAAUCGUGUGUUCGUGUAGUUGACGACGACCAGAAUACGCAUACCCAAACGAUGAUGUAUGCUUCUAUCUCAAAAGUCCCUUUUUUUCUGCUAGCUGUACCCGGUCUAACAAGCAUAUUCUUGCAGCUAGAGAUUCGACGUUUAGAACUUCAACAUCACAUAUGGCUGAUUACAUUAGAUGGGGAGUUGGCGUGCAAUCCAGCCAAACAUCUGGCAAAAAGGGUUUUGGACAUGGGAACUGGGACUGGAGUCUGGGCUAUUGACUUUGCUGAUGCAUACCCUGGUUCUGAGGUUAUCGGGGUGGACUUGAGCGCAAUUCAACCGCAAUACUUACCAUCAAACUGCAGCUUCGAGAUCGAUGACCUUGAGAAAGACUGGCGUUGGAGCCAUCCUUUUGAUUUCAUAUUUUGCCGGGCCAUGGCAGGCAGCUGGUCUGAUUUCCCGUCCAUUAUCCAGGCAGUUUACGACAAUCUUAAUCCGGGAGGUUACUUCGAAAUCCAAGACCUCGAACUGCCAAUGUGCUGUCCCGACGGAACCAUUUCAGCAGACUCCGCCAUCUGGCGGUGGCACAGAGUCGUCGUUGAAGCCGCUGCGGAAAUGGGUCGACCCCUCGAUUACGUGCCAAAAAGCAUCCCGCACUUGGAACGGGCAGGCUUUACAGAGAUAACCCAUCGUGUUUUCAAGUGGCCGUUCAACAGCUGGCCACGACACCCGAAACUGCAGGAGAUCGGUCGGUGGCACUGCCACAACCUCGAAAUGGGCCUCGAGGCUCUUUCCAUGGCUCUGUUGACAAGGGUUAAGGGCUGGGAUCCGGCCGAUGUUACGGCACUUUGUGAGGAGGUGAAGAAGGAAGUCAGGGAUACAAAUAUGCACGGGUAUUGGAACAUUCAUGUAAUCUACGCGAAAAAGCCAUGA